AAGAAAUAGAGACGGUUUAUAUCACAAAACUGCAAAAACAAGAAUAAUAUCAUGACGAGACUAAAAAGAGGGGGACCGCCAAAAGCCAGCCAAGCAAGAAACGAAUAGUAACAACCCCAUUUGUUUCUUUUGUAUUCCCCUUUUUUCAUCCUUCAAUUCUAAAAACAAGAAAAACAAGGAAACACUACUCGAGUAUAUACACGCAGAUUAUCCAUGGCCACUCUCCAGUCCUGGCGAAAAGCCUACGGCGCUCUUAAAGACCAAACUAAAGUCGGCCUUGCCCACGUUAACAGCGAUUUUAAGGAAGUGGAUGUUGCGAUUGUUAAAGCCACGAAUCAUGUGGAAUGCCCUCCCAAAGAACGACACCUCAGAAAGAUUUUACUUUCUACAUCGGUGCUUCGGCCUCGGGCUGAUGUUGCUUACUGCUUACAUGCUCUUGCUAGGAGAUUAGCCAAGACCCAUAACUGGACGGUGGCUUUGAAAACACUUAUAGUCAUACACAGGGCACUGAGAGACGGAGAUCCCACUUUUAGGGAAGAACUACUAAAUUUCCAUCAACGUGGACAUAUUUUGCAACUUUCGAAUUUUAAGGAUGAUUCGAGCCCGAUAGCUUGGGAUUGCUCUGCCUGGGUACGUUCGUAUGGUUUGUUUUUAGAGGAACGGCUUGAAUGCUUUCGAGUUCUGAAGUAUGAUAUUGAAGCAGAGAAUCUUCCUAAACCUGUACAAGGGGAAGAGAAGGUUUACAGCAGUAGAACUAGGGACUUGGACGGCGAACAAUUGAUGGAGCAGUUGCCUGCUUUACAGCAGCUUCUGUAUCGUCUUGUUGGAUGCCGGCCAGAAGGAGCAGCUGGAAGCAAUUAUGUAAUACAGUAUGCACUGGCUUUGGUACUUAAAGAGAGCUUCAAAUUAUACUGCUCAAUAAAUGAUGGAAUAAUAAAUCUUAUCGAUAAGUUUUUUGAGAUGCCAAGACAUGAAGCCAUGAAAGCUAUGGAUAUUUAUAAGAGGGCUGGUCAGCAGGCUUCCACUCUCUCUGAGUUUUAUGAUGUUUGCAAAGGAUUGGAACUUGCCAGAAAUUUCCAGUUUCCAGUGUUGAGAGAGCCUCCACAAUCUUUUCUUUUAACUAUGGAGGAGUAUAUUAGAGAAGCACCAAGGAUGGUCAGUGCUCCUAGAGAGACAUUGGAAUUUCCUGAGAGGCUUCAGUUGACAUAUAAACCUGAAGGAGAUGCUUCGCCCUCAGAAGAGAAAAACAUAUCAACUGACGUGCCUACACCUAUAAGUUUGGAUAUAGUACCUGUCUCAAAUGUUGAAGAUCCUGUUAAUCCCCCCGCUCCUCCAGCUAAUUUUGUUUCUGAUGAUCUUUUGGGUUUAAAUUCUCCUACGCCUAUUGCGUCAGCAAUAGAGGAAAAUAAUGCUUUGGCUUUGGCGAUAAUCCCAUCUGGUGCAGGUGCCUCAUCAUCUGAUCCUUCACCUCUGCAAGCUAAAGAUCUGGAUCCAACAGGAUGGGAACUUGCGUUGGUCAACACUCCUGGAAGCAACAUAUCUUCGGUUCAGGAUAGGCAACUGGCUGGUGGUUUGGACACUCUCACGCUGAGCAGCUUGUAUGAUGAAGGGGCGUAUAGAGCUUCUCAGCAGCCAGUAUAUGGAGCACCAGCCCCCAACCCGUUCGAAGGGCCUGAUCCGUUUGCUUAUUCAAACAACAUAGCUCCUCCGCCUUCUGUUCAAAUGGGAUCAGUGGCUCAAUAUCAAGACAAUCCAUUCGGUCCUUAUCAGCAACCUUUUUAUGCGCAACCCCAACACCAACCAAAUUUAAUGAUGGCCCCACAAAAUCCGUUUGGUGAUACAGGUUUUGGAUCAUUUCCAGUCAACAAUGGUGCACACCCGCAGGCAAGUAAUCCUUUUGGAAGCACAGGCCUGCUAUGAUGUUGUCUAGAUAUAAAAAGCAGAUACAUGAAGCCAUGGAAUUACUCUGGUUUGGUUAAUUUUGAUGUACAUGAAUGGUAGUGAUAAUUUGUGCAUCUCUUGUGCUUGGAGCCAUUUUUGUUAACUUGUAAAAGUUACUGACAUGAUAAGGAUGCUAAUGUUUAUAGGUUACGUUAUGAAUCAUAUGAAGCUUUGUGCUAGGUUUCUGUAAUCAGUUCCUCUUUGAUCAAUGUUUAUCGAACUUUGAACGUUGCAGAUUUGUGAAUAAGAAGUUUGUUCUGUA